AUGCCUUUGGGGGAGGAAUACGAGGAUGCUAGGAGCCUUAGAAAUCCGUUGGUUAACCACAACCGUGGAAAUUUCUUUGUUGUGCUAUGCGUCCUCGUCGUAGCUUUGGGCCCUAUCCAAUUCGGUUUCACGUGUGGUUAUUCUUCACCAACACAAGCAGAUAUGAUUCGAGAUCUUAAUCUCUCAAUUUCAAGGUUUUCACUCUUUGGCUCUCUAGCCAACGUAGGUGCAAUGGUGGGAGCAACUGUCAGUGGUCAAAUAGCAGAAUACUUUGGACGUAAAGGGUCGCUAAUUGUCGCAGCAGUCCCAAAUAUAUUUGGAUGGCUCGCCAUUUCUUUAGCGAAAGACUCGUCGCUUCUGUUUAUGGGAAGAUUGUUGGAAGGUUUUGGCGUGGGAAUAAUCUCCUAUGUGGUACCAGUUUAUAUAGCAGAGGUGUCACCUCGAACCAUGAGAGGGAGUCUUGGAUCUGUGAACCAGCUCUCAAUUACGAUUGGGAUCAUGCUGGCUUAUCUGUUGGGUCUUUUUGUCAACUGGAGAAUGCUAGCAGUAUUAGGAAUUAUUCCCUGUGCAAUAUUAAUACCCGGGCUAUAUUUUAUUCCAGAAUCUCCUAGAUGGUUGGCCGAAAUGGGGAUGAUCGAAAAGUUUGAAGCUUCUUUACAAGCUUUACGCGGACCCCACGUUGAUAUUACCAUGGAAGCACAAGAAAUCCAGGGAUCUUUGGUAUCGAACAACAAAACAGAUACUGUACAGUUAAAAGAUCUCAAGAAGAGAAGAUAUUGGUUUCCUUUAAUGGUAGGUAUCGGAUUACUUAUGCUCCAGCAACUUUCUGGUAUCAAUGGUGUUUUCUUCUAUUCUAGUAAGAUAUUUUCAAGUGCAGGGAUUUCAUCGAGCGAUGCUGCUACAUUUGGACUUGGAGCUAUUCAGGUUGCAAUGACUGCAAUCGCUACUUCGUUGGUUGACAGAAGUGGACGAAGGAUGCUUCUAAUAGUAUCCUCCUCGGUAAUGACACUCAGCCUCCUCCUUGUUGCUACAGCAUUCUAUUUGGAGGGAGUGGUGAGAAAUGAUUCUCACCUUCACGAAAUAUUGGCACUGCUCUCUGUUAUGGGGCUUGUGGCUUUGGUCAUUGGAUUUUCUCUGGGCAUUGGACCAGUCCCUUGGAUUAUAAUGUCUGAGAUACUUCCACCAAAUAUUAAAGGUCUUGCUGGCAGCGUAGCUACCUUUUUUAAUUGGUCCAUUGCCUCAGUAGUCACCAUGACUGCAAACUUGCUUUUAAACUGGAGCAGUGCAGGAACAUUCACAAUUUAUGCUAUUUUUUCCGCCUUCACUGUUGGCUUUGCGGUGCUUUGGGUUCCCGAGACCAAGGAUAGAACAUUGGAAGAAAUUCAGGCAUCGUUUAUUAGAUGA